GAUAGUAGUGAUUGAGCCUUUUUCCCUUCCAAACGCUUUUAUUAAAACCCAACGCUCUCUUGUUUUAACCUACAACAUUGUCGAUACCUACACAUACAUCUCUACCGUCAAGAUGCUUUCCAACUCCCUCCUUGCGCUCUCUUUCCUUCCCUUUGCCUUCGCCCACUUCGAGCUCAUAUACCCAAUAGCGCGUGGUUUCGACGAUGACAAUGAGGGCAACUUCCCCUGCGGAGGCUUCGAUGACGUCCAGACGCAGCGUACCAAUUUCUCCAUCAGCGGUGGACCCGUUCAAAUUCAGUUGGGCCACCCACAGACCAACAUCGCCGUCUACAUGGCUAUUGGUGACAACCCAGGAACCGGCUUCAGUAUAGUCGCCAAGCCCCAGCUCACAGUCGAUGGUCUUGGAAAGUUCUGCAUGAACCCCAUUGCCGUUCCAGCAGGAUUAAAGGUUGCCGACGGCACCAAGGCCUCGAUCCAGGUUGUGAGCAACUCAGACGAGGGUUCAGGUGGUCUGUACCAGUGCGCCGACGUCAUCUUGGUCAACAACAAACUCUCGCAGAGCGACUUCUCCACCAACUGCCAAAACAACACAGGCAUCAAGGUCACCCAAGAGAACAUCCCUGGCAACCCCAACGGAACAUCGACCGAUUCCUCGCCAAGCUCUCCCAGAUCGGCUCAGCCCACCGGUGCAACUGGUGCAGCGGGACAAGUAAAGGUCGUCUCAUGGGUGUUGGGUGCUGCUGGUGUGGUCGCAAUGGCAAUGCUCUAAGUGCAUCUCUUGCCGAGUCGGGUCGUGUUGCGUUGAUACCGACUUCAGCGACUUCUUCCUAGGUUAUAUUUUCUGUGUAGCGAGUUUCAGUUCAGAGCGAAAUAUAUUUUAAUCCAAGUGAAAGCCCAGGAUCUGGUCUUGGUUGUUUUCAAACUUGUGCUUGUCAUACGG